CCGGAGGAAGAGGAGGAGGCGAAGAACGAGGAGGAGGAGAAGUCGCAGCGGGCGCCGCAGGAGCGAGUGAGCUGGGAGCGCGGGGCGAAGGCGCGGAGAGGCCAGGCGGCCCGGCGGGCGGCAGGAGGCUAGACCGAGACUGCGGCGCCGACUCCGUUCCACUCUCGGCCCGGAUCCAGGCCUCCGGGUUCCCAGGCGCUCGCCUCCCUCUGACGCACUUUAAAGAGUCUCCCCCCUUCCACCUCAGGGCGAGUAAUAGCGACCAAUCAUCAAGCCAUUUACCAGGCUUCGGAGGAAGCUGUUUAUGUGAUCCCCGCACUAAUUAGGCUCAUGAACUAACAAAUCGUUUGCACAACUUGUGAAGAAGCGAACACUUCCAUGGAUUGUCCUUGGACUUAGGGCGCCCUGCCCGCCUUUUGCGGAGGAGAAAAAACUUUUUUUUUUUUUUGCCUCCCCCGAGAACUUUCCCCCCUUCUCCUCCUUGCCUCUAACUCCGAUCCCCCCACGCUAUCUCGCCAAAAAAAAAAAAAAAAAAAAAAAAAAGAAAGAAAAAAAAAAAAGAAAAAAAAAAAGAAAAAAAAUUACCCCAAUCCACGCCUGCAAAUUCUUCUGGAAGGAUUUUCCCCCUCUCUCCAGCUUGGGCGCGUUUGGUGCAAGAUUCUCGGGAUCCUCGGCUUCGCCUCUCCCUCUCCCUCCCCCCUCCUUUCCUUUUUCCUUUCCUUUCCUUUCCUUUCUUUCUUCCUUUCCUCCCCCCAUCCCCACCCCCACCCCCACCCCAAACAAACGAGUCCCCAAUUCUCGUCCGUCCUCGCCGCGGGCAGCGGGCGGCGGAGGCAGCGUGCGGCGGUCGCCGGGAGCUGGGAGCCCAGGGCGCCCGCUCCUCGGCGCAGCAUGUUCCAACCGGCGCCCAAGCGCUGCUUCACCAUCGAGUCGCUGGUGGCCAAGGACAGUCCCCUGCCCGCCUCGCGCUCCGAGGACCCCAUCCGUCCCGCGGCACUCAGCUACGCGAACUCCAGCCCCAUAAAUCCGUUCCUCAACGGCUUCCACUCGGCCGCAGCCGCCGCCGCCGGUAGGGGCGUCUACUCCAACCCGGACUUGGUGUUCGCCGAGGCGGUCUCGCACCCGCCCAACCCCGCCGUGCCAGUGCACCCCGUGCCGCCGCCGCACGCCCUGGCCGCCCACCCCCUACCCUCCUCGCACUCGCCACACCCCCUCUUCGCCUCGCAGCAGCGGGACCCGUCCACCUUCUACCCCUGGCUCAUCCACCGCUAUCGAUAUCUGGGUCAUCGCUUCCAAGGGAACGACACUAGCCCAGAGAGUUUCCUUUUGCACAACGCGCUGGCCCGAAAGCCCAAGCGGAUCCGAACCGCCUUCUCCCCGUCCCAGCUUCUAAGGCUGGAACACGCCUUUGAGAAGAAUCACUACGUAGUAGGCGCCGAAAGGAAGCAGCUGGCACACAGUCUCAGCCUCACCGAAACUCAGGUAAAAGUAUGGUUUCAGAACCGAAGAACGAAGUUCAAAAGGCAGAAGCUGGAGGAAGAAGGCUCAGAUUCGCAACAAAAGAAAAAAGGGACGCACCAUAUUAACCGGUGGAGAAUCGCCACCAAGCAGGCAAGUCCGGAGGAAAUAGACGUGACCUCAGAUGAUUAAAAACACAAAUCUAACCCCACAGAAACGGACAACAUGGAGCAAAACAGAGACGGGGAGAGGUGGAAAAGGAAAAAAUACCUACAAAACAAAAACCGCAUACACGUUCACCGAAAAAGGGAGAGGGAAUCGGAGGGAGCAGCGGCAUGCCGCGAAGACUUUGGACAGCGAGGGCACAGGGUCCCAACCUGAGGCCGCGCCAAGAGGGCAGAGGAUGGAGGCUCCUUCAUCAACAAGGGACCCUCGCUAAAGAGGCAGCUGAGUGAGUGAGUGAGACAGAGAGAAGGAGAAAGAGGGAGGGAGAGAGAGAAAGAGAGAGAGAGCUGAACGUGCACUCUGACAAGGGGAGCUGUCAGUCAAACACCAAACUGGGGAGACGAAAUGAUUGGCAGGUAUUCCGUUUAUCACAGUCCACUUAAAAAAUGAUAAUGAUGAUGAUAAAAAACACAACCCAACCAGGCACCGGACGUGUUUUUUUUUUUUUUUUCUUUCACUUCGCAGUGUUUCCCCCCCACGAUCUUUAAAAACAAUUAGUAACAACAAACGAAAAUUCCAUAUCUAGCCCCAUCCCACACCUGUUUCAAAACCUUGAAUUGCAUGUAGCAGUUGAUGGGUGAAUGGUGUUUAAAGACCGAAAAUGAAUUGUAAUUUUCUUUUCCUUUUAAAGACAAGUUCUGUGUGCUUUUUAUUUUGAUUAUUUUUUCCAAGAAAUGUGCAGUCUGUAAACACUUUUUGAUACCUUCUGAUGUCAAAGUGAUUGUGCAAGCUAAAUGAAGUAGGCUCGGCGAUAGUGGUCCUCUUACAGAGAAACGGGGAACAGGACGACGGGGGGGCUGGGGGUGGUGGGGGAGGGUGCCCACAAAAGAGUCAGGACUUGUUCUGGAAAAAACCCCUAAAUUAAUUAUAUUUCUUGGACAUUCCCUUUCCUAACAUCCUGAGGCUUAAAACCCUGAGAUAAACUUCUCCUUUUAGUGGUUGGAGAAAUUGGCCGAGUUCAACCAUUCACUGCAGUGGCUAUUACAAACUUUAAAUCUAUCUAUUGCAAAAACCGAAGGACUGUAGUUAGCGGGGAUGAUGUUAAGUGUGGCCAAGCACACGGCAGCAAGUUUUCAAGCACUGAGUUUCUAUUCCAAGAUCAUAGACUUACUAAAGAGAGUGACAAAUGCUUCCUUAAUGUCUUCUAUACCAGAAUGUAAAUAUUUUUGUGUUUUGUGUUAAUUUGUUAGAAUUCUAACACACUAUAUACUUCCAAGAAGUAUGUCAAUGUCAAUAUUUUGUCAAUAAAGAUUUAUCAAUAUGCCCUCAGA